AAACUCCAUUUCCUCCUCUCCCCUUUCAGGUUUUCAGUUCGUCGUCAUGGGGAGCAAGCAUCACCGAGAUCAAGCUCUGGAUUUCCAGGGCUUUUUGAAUGAUUUGCAGGACUGGGAGCUUUCCCUCAAGGACAAAGACAAGAAAAUGAAACCUCAAGCUUUUGAAAAGGAAAAGCUGAAAGGAAGCUCAUCAGGGAAGAAGUCGGCAUCUGAUUAUUUGAAGAAUUAUGAUGCAAUUAGUAGCCUAUCAAGCGGUUUCAUGACUGAAGAGAGUAUCCCAGAUGCUGCUUCCGAGAAAGAACUGGGAAAUGAGUAUUUUAAGCAGAAGAAGUUUAAGGAAGCUAUUGACUGCUAUUCAAGAAGCAUUGCUCUCUCACCGUCUGCAGUUGCUUAUGCAAAUAGAGGAAUGGCUUAUGUUAAACUCAAGAAAUUUCAAGAGGCUGAAGAUGACUGUACAGAGGCCUUAAAUCUUGAUGAUCGGUACAUAAAAGCAUACUCACGCCGUUCAACAGCUAGAAAAGAACUUGGGAAACUUAAGGAAUCCAUUGAGGAUGCUGAGUUUGCCCUGAGGUUGGAGCCCAACAACCAAGAAAUCAAGAAACAGCAUGCUGAGGUCAAAUCAUUAUAUGAGAAAGAGAUUCUUGAGAAGGCAUCUGGAGUUCUGAGAAGCACUAUGCAAGGUGCAAAGAAAGUAGAGAAGUCAGAGACAAAAGUGAAUGGACAUGCAUCAGGAGUUGCUGUAGUUCAAGGGGAUCAAGCCAAGCAGAAGAAUUCCAAUAAGGUAUCCGUGCCUGUAGAGGAAAUAAAGGAGAAAAAUUCUCAGGUUGGAAGCAGGAUUAAGGGUCAAGAAGUAGAUGGUUCCCAUCUAACUGCUGGGGGUGUUGGCUCAGAAACUGUUAAGACAAGUAAAAACAACAGAAAGCAAGAGCUGCAGUCAUCUGUGGAAGAGCUUGCUUCUAGAGCAGCUGCUAGAGCAAUGGCUGAAGCUGCAAAAAACAUCACGCCCCCAAAUACAGCUUAUCAAUUUGAGGUUUCCUGGAGAGCCCUAUCUGGUGAUUGUGCACUACAGGCACAUCUUUUGAAGGUCUGGAAGUUUAACAUGCUCUUUAUAGCUUUGUUUUUGACUGAUCCGUAUUAAACUGUUAACAAUAUGCAUGUCCUGUUUCUUAGGUUAAUAUCCCUGUUGUUGACCAGUGCCUCUGGUCUUUAAUUUAAAGGAUAUUCAGAAGUAUACUGAUCAGAUGCUGGUUUGCCGGCAAUCAUGUAUUUCCAUUUUUCCUCAAAAGUCUUAAAAAAUUGAGCUGAUCACCACAAUUCAUUGUAUUUUUCUUUUUAUUCUAUUUUUCUUGUUUUGAUCAUUUCAACUGAUUUGUACUUUUUAUAAUUACUAGGUUACAUCCCCAAGUGCACUGCCACAGAUUUUUAAAAAUGCCUUGUCUGCUUCAAUGUUGGUAGACAUUGUUAAAUGUGUUGCCACAUUUUUCAGGGAAGAAAUGGAUUUGGCUGUUAAAUACCUAGAGAAAUUGACUAAGGUUCCAAGAUUCGACAUGCUCAUCAUGUUUCUUUCACCUACAGAUAAGGCUGAUCUUCUCAAGGUUUGGGAUGAAGUAUUCUGUAAUGAGGCAACCCCAAUCGAGUAUGCAGAGAUUCUAGAUAACUUGCGGGCAGUAUACUGUCUGAAACAAUGAGGAAUGUAUUUGAGAUGUUUUGAGCCGUUCAUAUUUGUCUCCCUGCUGCUGUUUCACUGUAAAUGAUUCAUAUUAAUGCUGCAAUGCAGUGCAGCACCUCUUCUUUAUACCCUUGUAAUGGCUCUGGGUUUCCUCUACAUAUGUCCAUGAAUUCCAGAUAUCAUGUCGUGUUCAAGCAUACAUCAGAGGAAAUUCAUAAUCUUGUAAUCAACAGUAUAUUUUUUUUGGAAUAUAACUUUUGAAGGAAG